AGCUAGCUGGAUCGUUCUCGGACACUUUCGACGACAGUAACCACGAAGACGCCAUGACGCGAUCAUCUCUAUCAGCACCCUUACCGCGGUGCUUCGUAUCAUCUACUUCACGUCUAGUCACUACUGCAGUGUUUAUCUUGUUGGCCUCACAGGCAUGCAGCGCCGCUUAUUACGGCAAACUCAUUGGCAAAUUGAGCGAAUUGCAUCAUGGCGUUUCUGGCGAGGUCUACGCGGUUGACGGAAGAACAUUGUACGUCAAAGACUUCACGUACGACGGCGAGGGUCCGACCGCUUAUUUCUACGCCGGCAGCUCCAAGAAUCCAAAUGCGAAUGGUUUUCGAGUUCGUGACGAGCGUGGAACAACUGACGUACUCAGAAAAUACCGGAAAAAGGGAAUCACCUUAACCUUACCGGAAGGCAAGACCUUGAACAAUAUCAAAUGGUUCUCCGUUUAUUGCGACGAAUACGCGGUUAACUUCGGAGACGUUAGAAUACCACGUGGUUUUGAUUAUCCUCGGCCUCAGAAACUCGCCGGAUUGAACGGCGUUCAUGGCGUUAGUUCGGAGCCCAUUGUCGUCGUUGACGCCCAAACUCUCCUCAUUCCUGGAUUCAGUUACGAUGGCGAAGCACCCGACGCAAAGUUUUGGGUCGGAGCAGGAGCCCAUCCAACCCCUCAAGGUGAACGCGUACCGGACGAAAACGGCAGGACUGAACCACUUCGACGUUACGAGCGUAAAACUAUCGUGCUCACGUUACCUGGUGACCUGACGGUUCAUCAGCUCGGACAUUUCGGUGUGUGGUGCGAGGCCUUCACCGUCGACUUCGGUCACGUACAAAUUCCUGCCAAGCUCAAUGUUCCACCGUCUCUCAAAAUGCUCGGUGUUUCGCCUCAGUCCAAGCUCAAUUGUGAGGUCCUUGAAGACAGUUUGGCCUUCGAAGUGCGAUGGGCCGUGGCCGGGGACAGUAUCGUUGUUCAGCUGGUCGGAAAACUCGAUGCUGGACAAUACAUGUCGUUUGGACUGUCAGCCACUCCUGAUAGAAGUGUUAUGGUAGGAGGAGAUGUUGUCGUGGCAUGGGUCGACAAGCAAACUCUACAAGGCUACGCUGUCGACUACUUCCUGGACGCAAAGUCCCAGUGUUCCGGCGGACGUGGAAGUUGUCCUGACACCCGCAUACAGGCCAACACGAAUUCAGUGCGACUAUUGAACGCAGCGAUGGUAAAUGGUUACAGCAUCGUCACUUAUCAAAGACCCUUAAAGGCCAGUGAUGAGCUCGAUCGACAAAUAAGAACGAACGGUUCCCAAGCUGUACUUUGGGCUAUUGGUCCUCUCAACGAAAGAGGUGAAGUCAGUUUCCACAGUCACUACCUCAAGACGGAUAAGUUUAUAGAAUUCGGUCGACCCCCAGCGUGGAAUUGUCCGAUGCCUGAUGGUGAUAUGCAGCAUAUUCAAGAAGAAAGUAGCAACAAGGACGUCGUUUUGACAACCAAACGAACCCAUAAAACACCACCGACACCAGCACCAGUCGCUAAAUCACCCGCAUGGGAAAUCCCACCCAUCGAAUGCUACGAACCCGACGAUGGUGUUUUGUACGCCCAGCUCGGACCAACCGGAGGCAAAUACGGUUAUCCAGCGAUCACUGGUCACGUUGGUUGGGGUAUAUCGUGGUACAUAAACGGCCUCCUGAUACCAACAAUCAACGUAGUUCGUGGCCAAAAGUAUACUUUCGUAGUGGAGGGUGGUGACAAUCCUGAAUUCCCGGCACGUUAUCACCCGUUCUAUAUAACGGACGAUCCUGUCGGUGGUUAUGAGCACAAGACUCCUGAAGAAAAAGCGAAAGUGAAAAUAUUCGCUGGGGUCACUCGACAAGGAGGGACCCUGCGUCCCACCGGUAUUGGACGUCUUUGCAAUUGGAUUCACGAUCCGAACCUACCGGAGGCCGAUACUUAUACGUCAUUCGGAGCUUUCCAGCGGACCCUAAAUCUUAAGUGCGAUGCGGGAGAGCCGGGUUUCGUCGAAUGGACACCGGACGCGAACACACCUGACACUGUUUAUUACCAGUGUUUCACUCAUCGGUAUCUCGGCUGGAAAAUCAACGUAGUAGACCGUUGCGAGGAGCCCGAAGCUGUUCAAGCGAGUGAAAAUCUUGCGGUUUAUGCGGAGCCACCACAGAUUCAGAAGGAUCAAGGAUCAGAUUUGGAGAGCGCCUCGAGUAUCCACGUCUCGAGCAAGUACGUAUAUUCCAGGCCGUCCCAGAGUCAUCCGACCAUUCUCACCACCAACCCACACAAAAUCGGCCAAAAACUUAUGAUUAUCAGAAGACCUACGAUCCAGCAGUUGACCCAAGCUCGGCCGAUUGUCGGAUCGAUGAUCGUGUCUCCGGGAGGAGUCCAAGACUCGGCACCGCUGCAAACACCAUCCUUGUUAUCCCCUUCUUCGUCGAGGCCGCUGCUGAUGGAGAGAAAAAAAGCUAUUUAUCACGGACCGUCCCCUAAAACAAUCACAAAUGCCAAACAAAAUGGUCCUCACAAUAAUAAUAUCAAUAAGAAUUACAACAAUAUCAAUAAUUACAAUGAUAAUAACGAUAAGACUCAUUAUCAAGUUAAGAAACUAAUGGCAUUCGACGAUAUGAAACAACGAUCGAAAAUUGAGUCGAAGAUAUCCCUCGAAGACGAUACUACCACUCCGGAUCGCAACAGCGUACAAUCGAGUGCUAUCAAGCCUGCGAGAAAUACUGGCUUUGAUCCCGAUUCGAUCGUCAUCGAAAGCGGCUUUAAGCCAAUCAUCAGAAACAUUGAACGCGACACCAGUGCCGGGAGAAGCCAAGAAAUCGCCAACUUUCCUACUCAACCCGAUGAUUAUCCGAUGGACGAGCCGGUAAGGCAGGAUUCGAAUGAUGCUGUUUACGGUAUUGGCGAAGAAAAUUUCGAGCCGAUGUUCGUACCAUCGCCGUUGGAUCGUAACAGCGCCAAGAAACAUAAUAUUUUAAAGAAAUUACGAAAAAUCCAAAACGUCAGAAGAAAAACAAGGCUCGACGAUCUCGACGACAUGGAAAUGGCUGCCGAUCGACUAGACUCGUAUUACCUUCCACCAGCUGUCACCAGCCCAAAAUUCGUCAACAAAAAAAUCGAAGAUGAGGGUCCUCUCAAAUCGAGCGGGACUCUCGUCACUUUUGAUGGUAAACUCAUCGAAGAUACCAGUCUCGCACGUUCCAUACCCCGAGUCGAAGAGAACAAAAAAUCCAGAAGUAGAUUGAACUCUGAAAGACUCAGCAAAACCCCACAAUUCGGUAAAUUCAAAGGCGAAUUACCGGCCCCGAUUUCCGGCGGAGCACGAAUCGAUAAUACAGCAACAUUGGAGAAUCACAGCUACGGAGCGUCCGCAGAUCGCCUCGUUUCCAACGGUCCUGGCAUCACGAGGCUCGCACCAUUGAACAGAAACAAAAGAUCCUCGAAUAAUCACGAGGUACGAGUCAAUUACGAUUCUCCCAACAGCACAGAGUUCAUGAAACUCGACGUUCAUCGCCAUCAUGAUCACGCUCACGAUCAUUCUGCCCAUUUGGAUCAUGAUCAUAGUCGAUUUGAUUUAUCUGAUGAGCAUUACGACCAUCGCGACAAUCACACCGAUCUCUCCAUUCGAAAUGACAGUCACGACGAAUCUAGCACAGGAGAAAUGCUCAUCGCCAACAUUCAAUACAUUGUGCUAACAAUCAUUUUGUACUACGCGAUCUGAUUCGGCUGCACAGCUCUUCGUCAAAUGUCGCAUCCGUCGUGCCAAGAUCGUCGAAGAAAACGAAACUGUUCUCGAUCAUUAUUACUAUUGGAUGAACCCUUCAAGCUUGUCAGAGCCCAUCAGAGAAUAGGGACAUCAUUUUUGUUCAUUAUACUUGGCGAAUAAUUUCAUUUUGAGGUGCACAGUCCCUCGCAAACCGUGCGCGGGUGCAUACUUGGUAAAGAAGCAGUAAAAUUCUGAAAGGAAGUGUCCUUGGCCGAGAAUUCGACUCCAGUGUUUUCCAAUCACCAUAAUACGAGAGAAUGGAAUUGAAGACUCGGGCUCAAUCAACGAAUUCUGCCACUCCUACUUUUUUAUCAGUGCCCCGCCGAGCUGACCUUCAAUCUCGGUCACUGUCUUACUCCUCCUGACCAUUCCACGAGUCUUUGGAACCCGGAUGGUUUCGAGCUUGGAAGGUAAUCGCGAGAUUUUUUCUCCAAAACAAAUCCUGUCGAAAUAUGUUUCUCGAAGGGUAAGGCAUUUUCGAUUCAGAAUUUUACAUUUUAUGCUUAUCCUCAACUGCUCCGGGGCGGUUUCUAAGAUACUCAGUACGUCUUCCAACUCGACCUUUCAUCAAUCGUCAGUCCUCGAAGCUCAACUGUUCGAAAUUUUAAUUUACGUUAGUUUUUAAACAGAACAUCAUUCGUCCAUUUUUCGACAUGCUCCCGAACAAAAAUCAUCAUCCCUCUCAACGUAGAAAACUACAAAAAACAUGAUUCAUUUGCAUCGAUCUUACAGCAAAGUCGUCCAGCUUUACAGUCGAAUCCGAACCUUCCUUCGUUCUUUUUCCAUACUUUUGAUGUAUUUUCCCUUUCAUCCUCGGAGUAAAAGUCUUUUGCGCGUCCUCGCAGAAACAACCAUUUUUUCAAACCAUAAAAAAUUGAUGAGAGAACAAUGGAAAAAAUUCCUUAUCGUAUAUUCUCAUCACAUUUUUCAUAAGAAAAAACUCUGUUGAGUCACUUUCGUUCGUUUCGUUGGACACGACUGUACCGUGAGGACAAUGCUACCAUUAUUCUUGUGUAAUUUAAAGAGUGCAUUAUCGAUUGAUAAGUAUAGAGAUUAUUAAGAGAAUGGAUUGUUUCAACAAUCGUUCGCCUCAACAUUUUUCUGCUCUAAGAAAAGUGCUGGUAGAUUCGAUUCAACAAUUUUCCCAUAUUUCUUCGUCAUAUCGAAGACGACUGUCAUUAGAAAAGGGAUGACGAAAAAAAAUCUUUGUCCAAUCUCGUUAUUUAUACCGAAACAUACUUGAUACACAUUUAUUUAUGUCAAAGUCAUUUUAAUCAUGUUUAUCGAACUCAAAAUACUACACAGGCAAAGAAAAAAGGGCGACUAUUUUAUGAUUUAUAAGUAUAUUGUAAAGGCAGCGAAAACGGUAUUUUUUUGGAUGAUGAGCGAGCACAUUCGUAUCAUUCCGGUAUCAGGUUCGCAGAAUAUUUCGCAUACUACUUUCAUCAUUAAACUCGUCAGUUGAUUCUCGUCAUCCGUGAGAUUAGAUUCGAGUUCAAUUUUUCGUUCUACCAUUCCAAACAAUUUUACGAUUUAAAACUCGUCACUGAUUUGUGUUUUACUUUUGAAAAUAAACGAGACGUGCAAAGUCUACUUUCUAUAACUGCAUUGGCCAUUUUUUUUUUUUUUUUUUUUGCAAAAUCGUUGAACAGAAGACUGUUUCUUAUUUAUUUUAUUUCGAAAUUAACGAAUAAUUGGUUAAAACAGUGGCGAUCAGAGAAGAGCAAAAUACUGUUGGAGAAUUAAAUAGAAAACGAACGAAUGAAAAAAUCUAAUGAAAUUUCCGUCAAUAGUACUGCAAUAUACUCGUUAAUAUUAUAUCUGAGCUGUCCAUAGACUUUGGUAAGGGCGUUAAACGUCCGUGGGAUCAUACAUAGCAACAUAUUUUAUCGUCUCUAUGAAAGGUACAACUUUUUAUAUUUCUUAAGUUUGCAAUACAACUGUGUACAUAGGAUAAAUUGAACUGAAUAAACAAAAAAAAAAGCAGUCAUCGAAAUACGUAUUUAGUUAUAAAUAAUUAACGAAUUUUCAAACUCGCUUUUCAA